GUGAGGUUAGUGCACCUCAGACUAGCUGUAGUAUAAAGUUCUCUACUUCGUGUUUAUCCUAGAUUCGUGGAUUCUUGUGAACCUUUAUUAUUGGCCUCGACGCUGAUGACGUGGAAUGUACAGAAAUGAAGAUUUACGAGAAUGUGAGCGCAACGAUGAAAAUUUUAAUUCCGAAAAUGAAAAAUACUCAACAUUUUCUGAAGUUGACAGUGAUAGAUCUCAUAUGCCUAAGAUAUACAAAAAUGAAAUUCUCUACGCCGAUACAGUAAACGAAGAUUCCUAUGUGGUUCGCGAAACGAAGCGAAGCAGAUCUGAUAAUGAUUUUGCAGCUGAAAAAACAGUGAAGUUUGUCCUCUCAGAAAACACAUUUUCUCUUACUUUAAAAGAAAACGUAACAAAUAUAUCAGGGGAUAUCUCGCCUAAAUUAGAAUCAACUUCUAUCGUCAUAAAUGAUACCAAGAGGAUAAAUACCACGCUAUACCAGUUAUUAGAAUCAUUAGUAGCUGAAAACACAGAUGAUAAACUGAGGACUAAUGACAGGCAUUUACAACCACACAUUACAGAAGCGAUUUCUUUACACAAUCUUGUAGAGUCAAAGAAAACGUUAACAUUUCAAGGGGUAACUGAUAAAGAUAGUAAGAGUGUGAUAAUGCUAAAUGAUACUGCGAAACGUUUAGUGCAUCGUGCUGAAGUUGUGCGGCGGUUGUGUCAGAAGUGGAACACAGAAGGGAAACCACUUCAUGGAGUGCCUGCAGAGAAGAGGGAGCAGAUCAUUCUAUCACACUUUUAUCUGGCAAGGUCUGCAUCUACUUUGACUUGCCCAAUUAACAAGGCCGGUUCGACCUCGAUAGUAGCAGGCUUGAUGGAGGCAGAGGGAAAUCCUGUGCCGACUAUGGAGGACGAUGAUCUCUCUGUCCAUGGGGCCGCUGCCGUGCUCAGGCCCCAGACUGAGGCCGAGUUCAACUUCACAAAAAAAUAUUUCUUCAAGUUCCUGUUGGUGAGACACCCAUUUGGGAGGCUGCUGUCUGCUUAAUGCAGGCUUCUCAUCCCACUGGGCCCCUUACUGGCAGUGGUGUUCGCCCUGUGCUCUUAACUACACAGCAAUUGCCAUGCUUGAGACAGCUGGGAGUGACUUAGAGCCUAGUGAGUUGAGCCGCUAUUACGAACAGCUGUCUCCUUCCCUCAUACGUAGAGUCUACCAAGAAUAUAGUCUGGAUUUCGAACUUUUCCAGUACGAUGUUAGAGAUGUGUUUCGGCUCGCUAGGCACUGUGUGUUGAGUGACUGUAGCGAUACAGAUACUGGCUAUGCUGAGACUGACAUUGCUGUUGAUGUCAUGUACUUUUUCCUUCAUCAUUAUGACGAAGCUGUUAUAACCAUUUUUAAAAAAUCAAAGCUGCAGAGAGCAUUAUCACACAAAAUAAAUUUUAUCCACGGGAUCCCUCUCAAUAUGUUUCUUCUCGACACUUGGCUGACUCGCCUCAGUCGCACCACCAUCACCACCAAAGCACCAUGUUGA